AUGUCAAUGCAGCAAAGCUCCGGGACUCCCAAUGUCGGACAGCAGUCCCAAAUGUCCAGUUCAAAUGGGCAACGAGCUGAAGACACCAUUAGAGAGUGCGAAAUGCAGUUUGAGGCUGCGCUGUCCAAGCUUCGCCAAAGCCGGUCGGAAGCUAUUAUUACCGGCAAAAAGCUCGCAUACUACGAGACUUCGUUCAAUAAUCUUCAGAAGGUGUUCAGAGCCAUGAAGAAGGAGAAGGAAGAGCAGGAGAAGGAACUUAACGACCUGAAACAGGCAUACGGAGAGCUUCUUGUUGAGUACCGCCGCGUGCAAUUGCAAAACCAAGCUCGAUGA